CCUUGCUGAGGGCACCCCCUCCUUCUGACUCCUCCACGUUUUGGUCGGAACGCUCUCGCCCCAUCGCUAUUACAACCAUGUCCAACCGCUUUGUCCAGGUCAUGAUCAACCCCGGCACCGCCACCGCCGCCGAGGUGUCCGCGGCCGCCCGCACUCUGUACCGCAACUGGAACCGCAACCUCCCUCUCAUCGCCAAGAUCUACGAGCUGGACAUGCCCCUUCCCUACAUGCGCGCCAAGAUCCGCGAGGAGUUCGACCGUGUCAACUACGUCACUGACGUCCCGGCCCGCGCUCUGCUCGUUUACAAGGGUCAGCUCCACCUUGAGGAGACCAUGAACAUCUGGAACCAGAAGACCAACAUCAUGCGCUUCUUCGAGCGCCCCUCGGAGGUGGUCAUCGACCCUGCCCGCGGUGGUUUCCUGACCCAGUUCUUCGAUGGCCAGCGCACCGGCGAGGCUCCCAAGAUCUCCUCCUCUCAGUAAGUCAUGGCCAGCCGCGCCGCAUCCCCCUCCAGGCUGGGCGGGCGAUGGAGUCGCUGAGGCGCAUCGUACACACGCACAAACACACACGUGUGUGUGUUUGUGUGUGCGCAGCGAUCUCUCCCCUCUCUCCAUCAUAUACGUGCACGCACGCACGCACGCAGACACACACACACACAAACACAAACACGCACAUAUUGCCGCGGCCUCCUCUCAGCGCCCGCUGGCCGUGUCUCUGCUCCUCUUCCUGCCCAGCAUGGUCGCCUUUCAAAUACCUAAUACACGUCCUAACUUCCCAGAAGA